AUGAGAAUCACCGAGAUCUCUUCGCCGGAUCUCCGGCAGACGCAGACACAGUCGCAUUCGCAGGAUCCGAUAUCUGAUUUACUCUGCAAACUAGAAGCAUUAACAACUGAAAUUGAACGUCACUCGCCGGAAUCUCCUUUGCCGGAGUCCGUCCCCGCUGCUCUUCGCCACGGACUGACUCAACUAACUUCACUCGCACCGUUCCAGAACUCCGUGAAGCUGCAAAUAUGGAAGUUGAGUUACCGUUUAUGGAACGCAUGCGUGGAUCUCUUCAACUUUGUCCGAUCAUCGUCGUCUAAAAUUACAGAGGAACACGCCAAACUCCGCCAAGUCUCCGUAGAUCUUCUAUUCCUCGUCGUUGACGUUUCCGGUGUCCCUUCACCUUAUUUCAAGUGCGCUUCGUUCUUCUACAAAACAGGUAUAAUCUGGCAUGAGCUCCAUAAGUAUGAUCUCGCUAGCAAUUGCUUCGAGAAAGCGACCGAUCUGACGUCAAACGUCGAGAUUACGAAUGUAUCCGAUCGUGAUGAGCGUAGGCUAAUUCUAGAUUUAAAUAUUGCAAGAUCAAAAACGGCUUGGGAGGUUUCUGAUAGAAAUUUGGCGAUAAAUCUACUAAAUAGAUCAAAGAGAGCACUGUUCGGAACUGCAGAGAACUACAUGGCUUUAGCGAACCAAUAUACGAAUUUCGGAAAAUUACUUUUGUCAAAAAACGAAGUCUCCGCCGUAAACGAGGCCCUGAAGUUGAUGAGUGAAGCUUUGGAAUUGUGUGAGAAAGGGCUACGAAACGUGAAAAAGCCAGACGAAACCCUAGCUUUGAAGGAAUUAAGGCUGAAGACACUGAGAUUCAUGGCAGCAUCACAUCUGCAGAGAGAUGAAUUUGAAAACGUUUUGAAGUGUGUGAGAGUUUUGAGAGACGGUGAGAAAGGGGGAGAUCAUCCGAGCUCAAGCGUCUUAGCAAUGAAGGCUUGGUUAGGAUUAGGAAGACACGGAGAAGCAGAGAAGGAGCUAAAAGGCAUGGUGGUAAAUAAGGGGAUUCCAGAGGGUGUUUGGGUAUCAGCAAUGGAGUCAUACUUACAGGCAGUAGGCACUUCUGGGGCAGAGACAGCCAUGGGUGUGUUUCUUGGAUUUCUAGGGAGGGCACACGUCAGUGCUGCCACAGCAAUUAGGGUGGUUCAGAGAGUGGUCGGUGAUUGUGUAAACGGAGAAGGAGCUAGGGUUAGGGCCAAAGUGGUUGCUGAGUUUGUAUCCAAUGACAAACUUGUCGCUCUUUUUGCUGGGGAUUUGGCUGCAAAUCAGAGGUCUGCCAUGCAUGCUCUUCUUUGGAACUGUGCAGCAGAUUAUUUCAGGUCUAAGGAUUAUGAGGUGAGUGCUGAAAUGUUUGAGAAGUCUCUGCUUUAUGUCCCUCAUGACAUAGAGAACAGAUCUCUUCGGGCAAAAGGCUACAGAGUACUAUGUCUAUGUCACCUAGGCCUCUCCCAUCUGGAUAGAGCUCAAGAAUACAUUGAUGAGGCUGCUAAGUUGGAACCCAAUGUUGCUUCUGCUUUCCUGAAGUUCAAGAUCUAUCUACAAAAUAAUGAUCAUAAUGGAGCAAUUACUCAAAUUCAAACAAUGCCAACAUGCAUUGACUUCACUCCAGAAUUCCUUUCACUAUCUGCCCAUGAAGCCAUUGCUUGUCGUGCUCUUCCUGUUGCAGUCAACUCUUUAUCCCAUCUUCUAACCUUCUUUCUCAAUGGGAAACCAAUGCCAACAACUGAAGUCAUAGCUUUUAGAACCCUAAUCACAAUUCUCAUUCAAGAACCUGGAAACGAGCCUGAAAUCCUCAAAUACAUGAAAAAAGCCCAUACCCGUUUCUCUGAACUUGGACCCGAAUGUUUUUUUGGGACAGGUGAGGUUGGAAAAAGGGAACAUAAUUGGUUUGCUUUAAAUUUGUGGAAUCUUGGGUUGAAAAGUGGACAAGAAAAGAAGUAUGAACUUUGUGGGGAGCUUUUUAAGAUGUGUGCAGAAUAUUAUGGGGUUAAAAUAGAUGGACAAACGGAGGGAAACAAUUCAAUGAUAUGUAAGUCGAUGAUUUUAGCAGUGUCUGCAAUGUUAGCUGGUGAGAAGGAAAGUAAGAACACAUUAUCGGACAAUGAAGUCAAACAUGCCAUUGAAUUGCUGGAAAGAUCCGGAAAGAUACUAAUGUCUGGAUCAACAAAAACUCAUCUAGAUGAUGAUCAAAACACCACAAUCGAACCACAUUUCUACUUUAUAUAUACAUUAAGUGCAUAUGAUCUUUACACAAGACUCAACAACACAGAAUCAAAGCAACUUGUUUGUAUAAAAAACUACGCAAACUCCAAACACUUCAACCCAAAUUACCUCCUUCAAAUUGCUCUAAAUGCAUCAGAAGGACCACGAUCAAACCCUAAAAUAGCCACAUUUUGUCUCAAAACUUGUAUCUCUUCCCUCCUCUCCUCUUUAUCACCCGAUUAUCAAACAAUUUCUCUCAUUAUCAGAAAACUAAUCACCAUCAUCAGUGUUCAUAAAGGCAAUGUAGAUUAUGAUGAUGACGAUGGUGGUGGUGGUGAUGAUGAUGGGGUGUAUGGGAUUUAUAAGAAAGCAUUAAGGAUUAUGGUGGGGUUAAAGGCGGGAGAGUAUCCGGUGGAGGAGGGGAAGUGGCUGGCGAUGACAGCGUGGAAUCGGGCAGCUUUGCCGGUGAAGUUGGGGCAGGUGGUGGAAGCGAAAAAGUGGAUGGACAUGGGGUUGGAAUUGGCGGGCAGGGUUGCGGGCAUGGAUACUUACAAGGCUUGUAUGGAGGAUUUUGUUUCUGGGGUUGAAAAGAAAGUUCAGAGUCACGGGCAUCUUUAG